AUGCAGCUCUGGUCGUCUCUUCUGUCACUUGGUCUGCUGGCGUCAACUGCGCUUCCGACCGCCGCAGCAUCCGCUUGGGGUUUCACUGAUGCCACCGUGUCAGUUCACUCCAAAGGUUCCGGAGUUGGCGCUGGACUUAAAGAAAAAAUUCCCGAUAACAAGGGCCUCUCGAAACCCAUCGCUCUCGGAGACACCGACACCCUCAAGAUCACCCUCACAUCGCAAGACGGCAGCACCGCCAAACGCGCGCAUCAAGUCUUCCUCUUCCUUCAGGACCCGCAGACCGGCCUCGAUAUUUCGUACCCGUUCAGCGUCAAGGACAAUGGCAAGGCACGAGUGGAAUUGACCCAAAAAGAUCUCCCUGUCCAAUUCCUUUCCGCGUCGGAGCCCCUAGAUGCUCGAUUCUUGAUUGGUUCCUUUGGAAACUCGAAAGCAUACAAUGAGGCUGCGUUCCAGCUUACGGUGGCUCGCGACGCAAACGUGCCGGUCCCGUCGGCGGAGAGCGCAAAGUACGGCAAGCUCCCGGAGAUCCACCAUAUCUUCAAAGACGACCCUCGGAGCCCUCCCAUUGUGAUUACACUGGCGUUUGUCGGAAUGGUCCUAGCUACUCUGCCUCUCCUGGCUGUAGUGGUGAGUCCCGUAUUUCGUAGCCACUGA